CUUUAGUUCAACUUGUUUAGACAAGCAACCCUGCGUUCGUCCCAGCAGCAGACGUGAAAGGACACAUACGCCCAAAUGAAGCAAGCUCCCGCUCGUCGUCGCUGCACUUUCAUUCCUGCUAACUGACUGUCUGUAACGCGCUUGCCAGUGCAUUUCAUGAAUUCGGCAGGCGCGCGGCUGUGUUGCGUAGUCACGCGCACGGAAAACGCACUCUUUGCAGCAGAACGCGUUCUCCGGCGGCGCGCAGAACACUGAGAAACGCCGCUGUUUGCCACUUUCUAGGUUAUCGUUCGGCUUCUCGCGAGGCUGAAGUGAUUGCUGCUACACUUUGCUGGCAUAGUAUGCUAGUCCGGACUGCAGAACGUGGCAGCACGAGCGGGGGCCGCUCAAGAGCUGCUAGGCUGUAGUAGUGGAGUGUUGAUUGCUUGGACGUACGGGCCCAAGCAAGCAAGCCGGCGGCGCUUGCAGCAGCAGGUACAGCACGCAGCACCAAGGCGCUUCAGCCGAGGCCGCACACCGAUAGGAGUGGGGUGGACAGAGGGCAUCAAUGCAGACGGGAGGUGUGAGCGAGCUGCAGAGGCUCCAUCCUUUAACGCGGCGGAGGCACCUGCUGCGGUGCAGCAGCUCGGCGGCUGCGGCAGCAGCUAUUUACGGGACUCCAGCAGCCGCCGCCGCCAGCAGCAGGAGCGGACACUAGUUAGGGUGCGUACAUGGAUUUCCUUUUGAGCGCCGCCUCUGUACGAGAUGGCGGCGGACUGGAUGAGCACGUGAAUGCGGACGUGGUGCAGCAGCAGCAGCCGGCGCCGCCGCCGCCGCAGCAGCAGCAGCAGCAGCCGCAGCAGCAGCCGCAGCCGCAGCCGCAGCAGCCUGAUGUGGGGGCACUGCGCGCGCUGCACCACUGCAGCAGCAGCAUGGGUAGCCACAGCAGCAGCAGCUGCGCCGCCGCCGCCGCUGCGCCGCUAACGCCGCCAAGGCCUCUGUUCCCAGGGGCCUCGCCCGCGCUGCUGCUGGGGGCGUCACCGCUGCCGCUGUUCGUAGAGCACGGGCUUAGCAGUGGCGGUGGCACGCAAGCGGUUGCUUCUACUGCUGGGACGGCGGCGGAUGAGCCGGGCUGCGGCACGGCACCAGCUUUCGCGCCCACAGCCGCCACGGGAGCAUCGGGAGCGUUCGAAGCAGCACUGCAUUCGCAGCUACCGCCGCCCCUGCCACAGCAGCUGCGACUGCCGCAAUCAUAUGCAACGGAGAAGCAGCAGCGAGCUGACUACCGGGCCGGUGGGCAAGCUCUGGAGGUCGCGGCGGCAGGAGGCGGCGGCGGCGGCGGCAGUGCGUUCGCAUCCGCGCAGGCCGCAGCGGUAGCGGCAGCAGCGGUGACGGCACCAGCACCCGCUGCUGAGGAAGAGGCACUCGUAGCAGCACAAGACAAUGCAUCGGCUGCCGCGGCCGUUCUCCUUGACAACAAGGAGUUGGCGGACGCGCCACCAGCAGAGGCCGCGCUCGCAGCCAGCGGCGGCGGUGGUGGCGACGGCGGGGGCGGCAUCCGGGUCCUAGACAGCAGCAGUAGCAGCUUCGUCCUGGGCAGCAGUAGCAGGAGCCUGGCAUCGGCUGCGUCCAUUGUAAAGCAGGGGUUGGCAGCGGUGCGUCCGCAUCCCAGCGGCAGCAGUUCUCAGCAGCAAGACAUCACUAUCUGCAGUGUGCACCACCACCAACAGCAGCAGCAGCAGCAGCCUCCUACGCUGGUGCUGAUGCGCGCGCGCGCAACAGCAGCAGCGGUGGUAGCAGAGCCGCAGGGUGCAGCAACAGCCGUGGCUGCAGGUGUGUCCUUGAGAUUGGCAGGAGCAACAGCAGGAGGCGCAGCAGGCUUGGCGGUUGUCAACAGCGGAGGCGCAGAAGGCGCAGAGCCUUUGCCGGUGGAUAUGCAGGAGGGCGGUGGCUGCGGCAGCGAGGGCCUUGCUGCUGUGCCGCCGCCGCCACCGCCACCACCACCACUGGCCAGUGCUGAUCCAGCAGCCAAGGAAGGUGUGGAGGGCAACAGCCGCAAGACGCAGCAGGCGGCGCAGCAGCCCCGACACCUCGUCGGCAGGCAGGAGCCGCAGAGCAGCUCGGUGGCAGCCACAGCAGCCACAGCCACAGCAGCCACAGCAGCCAAAGUGGCACCUCCGCCCUCGCCAAAGGCCAUGCAGGAACCGGAGGCGGCGGCGGCGCUGCGUGCUGCCGCCCCCGCUGGCGGCGGCGGCGGCACAGUCUCCGCAACUGCCGCGCCUAUGGCAGCUACGGCGGCGUCAGUAGCAGUCGCCGCCGCUGCGGAUGGUUGCGCCGCCGUGUUGGGAAGCUCUGCUGGGGGUGCCAGCAGUAGUGGUGAUGAGGCACAGCUGCAGGCAGCUGCUGCUGGCGCGGCGUCCAGCAGCAGGAAGUGGCGUUUGCUGCUACUGGAGGCCGUCAGCAGAGCUGCUGUCGGUGGCGCUACAGCCGCUGCCGCCGCCGGCGCCGCAGCUGCAGCUGGCAGUAGCGCCGCCGGGGUGGGCGCUGCUACUGCUGUUGGCACUGCUGGCACCAACGGCACCCCUGCUGGUGGCGAUAAUAGCAUCCAGGCGCCUCCGCUGCAGCAGCACCAGCAGCAGUGUCUCACGCCGCCGCUGUGGCCGCAAUCGCCGCUUCCGCCGCCACACACCAAGCCGGCUCCAGAACUCAGCGGUGAUGUCACCGUGGACGACGGCAGUGGCGCGCUAGGCGCUGGCGGAGGCGGCGCCAUCAGCAGCGGCGGCGACUGGGCGUGCGGUGGCGCUGCUGCCACGGCCACUGCUGCUGCCACCGCGUCGCCGCCACCGCCUGCUGGUGAUGAGGAUGUCGACACGCCCCGGUACGGCUGUGGGGAGCGGGAGCUGACGGCAGCGGUUGAUGGCGCAGCAGGUGCUGCUACUGCCUGUACCGGCGGCGGCGGCGGCGGCGGUGGCGGCAGCGGCGGCGGAGCUGCUGGUGCUCGCUCUGCUGCCAAGGUGCCACGGGCAGUAGCGGCAGCGGGGGCGUCCGCGGGAUCGCCACACUGGCCUGUAGCUGCAGGCAGUCGCGGAGCGCACGACAGCGGCACUCAGCACUCGCCACCUGCGCAGCAGCAACAACAGCAGCAGCAGCAGCAGCAGCAGCAGCAGCAGGCCGGCACCCCCGGUGGUAGCCGUGUGCUUGUCAAAAACAUCUCUGCGGCCGCGCUAGCUGCAAAGAUGGCUCAAGGCGUGACCUUCACGCCAGUAGUCGGGCCGCCGCCGGCACUGCAGCAGCAGCAGCAGCAGCAGCAGCCGGCGGUUGCGGGCCGUUUGCGGCGCCGGUCUGCCCCCGGCUUCAGCCCACUCUGCGGCACCACCACUCCUGCUGCGUGCGGUCGGGCCGUGGAGCCCGCCGAGGGAGGCCGCAGCGGCCGGCCUGCAGCGGACCCGCCGCAUCCCGACACAGAGUCCCCCGUCAGCCGCUGGGUGCCACAACACGGCGACGCAGCGGCAGAUGCCGCUGCUGACGUUGAUGUUGAUGGUGGUGAUGCUGAUGAGCUGCCUACCGGACUGCUGUCGCCCCUCGGGUUGCCGCUACUGCCGCCGCUGAGGGCGGCGAGCGACGGGUCCCCCUGUUGGACAGCUGCUCCUGCUCGCCGACGCUGGUCAUCUGCGGGGCCGCCGGCGGCGGACAAUUCGGCUGCUGGAGCUGGCAGCGAGCCGCUAGGCCACUGCUAUAAUCAUGCGAGCGCAAGCGGUGCAGGCGGUGGCAGCGACAAUGGACUUGCUUCACCACGCGGGCUAUGCAGGCGCAGCGAGCCCCUGGCCGGCGGCGGCCACCUGACUGCGCCGCCGCCACACGCCGUGCUGCCGCCGCCGCCGCCACGGCACAGCGACGGCGGCGGGAUACCCGCCGGAGGCGACGGAGGCGGCAGCGAUCUUGAGGGGCGUGCAGAGCUGCUGGCAACGGCGCUGGCGACAGCACUGGCGGAAGGUGCAAGUAGCACGACAGCCGCCGCGGCUGUGACUACUCCGGCGCCACACCCGACAGCCACUCUCCGGAAAGGCCAACAGCAGCAGCAACCACACGGCGAUGGUGGUGAUGACUUCUCUUUUCCAACGCUGCUUAGUGCCGCCGGUGGCAGGCUUUGCGGCCGUGGCAGGGACCCGCUGCAGCAGGGUCGCGCUCGUGCCCGUGUGUCGGAUCAUGAGCAGCAGGGCACACCAGCGCUCCAGAGGCGGGAGCAGCUGCCCCCAGCGCCGCAGCCGCAGCAGCAGCAGCUGCUGCGCAUCCGGCCGCCUUUGAAGCGCGCCCGGUCCAGCAGUGGCGAUGGUGGCGGCGCGCUCGCCAGUGACCCUGAGGGCACGCGCCGCCACCACCACCACCACCUCCAGGUGCCGGAGGCGUCGCUCACGCCCCCGCCGCCGCGGCACGAUGCCGCCGCCGCGUCAGCUUUCCUUGCCGAUGAGGAUGAUACUGUGACAGCGGGAGUUGUCAGCGGGGGCUUACAAAGCCGCGGGUCGUAUCCGCAGCUUUGGGAGGCACCUGCAGUAACGCGACGACGGCUGCUGGGUGCCGCACCCACUGCAGACGCCACCGCGGGUGAGCUGCCGGCGCCGGGAGCUGGUCCAGCAGCGGCGGCGGCGGCGGCGGCAGAACACCCGGCGUUUUGGGAGGCGGAGGAGGAGGAGGAGCGUUCCCUGCACGAGCAGCAGCAGCAGAUACAGAUGAUCGAAAUGCAGCUGGACAGCCUGCGGAAGCACGUGUCUGCCAAGAGGCAGGCACUCGCCAACAGCAGGGCGACGGCUGCAGCGGCGGCGGCGGCGGCACCGGUGGCGGCGGCGGCUGCAGCCAUGCCGCCGCCGGCUGCGCCGCCACUGUCGGCGUCACCACGCCGCCGCGUGGCUCCUGCCCCUGGGCCCCAGACGUCGCCAUCGGGGUCGGCAGCUGCAACAGCAGCUACAGCCGCCGGUGCAGCGACGGGCGCGGCUGCCAUGGAUGGAGACGAGGGCUGGCCGCCUGCUGCUACUGCCGCUGCUGACGGCGGCGGGCGUGCUCCCGUCGCAGCACGUGAGCACGUGCCUUCGAACUACCUGCCUGCUCACGGAUGCCACGACGAAGGCGAGUCACGAGAGGAGGGCCUGGAGCAUCCCACAGGCGGGGAAGCGGCCUGGAGAGCCCGAACAGGCAGGUUUGUAUAUACCGGAGCGGCGGCGGUGGCUGCCAGCCGCGGCAGCUGUGGCGGCGAAGAGAUGCAUUUGGCGCGACACCACCAGCACCAGCACCAGCACCACCAGGCCUCCCCGGCUGCAGUGGAUGUGCGGCGAGCUCGGUAUGGCGCUGUGUGGCCACCGGGUUAUGAGCCAGCGGCCGCAGGUACGGCGGGCUCCCCCGCCGCAGGAGCCGCAGGGCCAGCGGCAGCCGCAGCCGCGGCGGCAGGUGCGGCUGCAUUCAGCCCAGUGCAUGGUGCUGCCGCCAGCCAUCACCGGCGGAGGGCUGCGGCAGCUGCCGCCGCAGCCGCUGCUGCUUUAGACGGCUAUGGUGCCAGCGGCCGGGAGGAGGAAUGUGCAGCCGUCCCGCCGCCGCACUGGCCGCCCUUGCAGCACCGUGUGCAACAGCAGCAGCACGAGGCGGCUGUGGCCCUUCCGCGCUCACACCAGCACCAGCACCAGCACCAGCACCACCAGCAGCAACAGCACCACCAGCAGUGCCACCAACAACAGCAACCGCAACUGUACCGGCACCACCAGCACAACGAUUACCACGAGCACCAUGCCCUCCCUCGCACGCCCCAGCACCAACCGCCGCAGCACCAGCAUGCACAGCAUCCGCACCUGCGCAUGGCGGCACAGCAGCAACACCAGCAGCAGCAGCGCUGGCAGGGCGGGGGCAAGGCAGCCCCCAGCGUCAUGCUGCUGCCAAAUGGCCGCCGGGCCGUUGUGGUGCCGCUGCGGCACCAACAGCAGCAGGGCUACAGCCCACAUCACCAGCAACCCGAAGGCAGCCCCGGCCAUUAAGCUCGCAUGGUGCAUACGGCACGCACACGAGCCGUGCGCAAUCUCUAUUAGGCAGGAAGGAAAGCAGCGGUUGCGUAUCGAACCCCAGUCAGGGCAUGCGGCGUUCAUGAAUUAGGUAGGAAGGCACGCAAAAGAGUUAGCGCCAUCUCGUCGCCACACAGAGUAGUGCAUGCUUGCAGCAACGAGGGGGACGCCACAGCGCCCUGUUGCGGAGGUGUGGCCUGCACACAGACUGCUAUUAACUGCUUGGUGCAUCUCGGACGGUCGAAAGCAGUCAUAGCAAGCCCAAGAGCUCGUCACUUGCACGACUCCGAGAGUACGGUACUGUGCUUCCCAUGGGCCAUUCCUUAUGUGUAGGGCCCUGCGGGGCUGCUGUAGCCUUUCAUGUCGGCGGCAUUUCAUGGACUCGAAUAGUCUGGGGUAGAGGCUAUUUGCCCAGAGAGGUCUUCCUUGUCCUCAAGUGCACGGUGCGCACGGCGUGUUACUUAGAGCUGAACAUGAGGUUUUUCCUGAUAGAAAGGAUAGGAAAAGUUCGAAGGGACCUUUUGGCAUUGCUGUCUGUUGCUGUUACGGUCGUUCAUCGUUCAUUCUUAGAAUCGCUGUCAUGGAAGGCGUGUAGCUGAUUGCGGUGGGGCAGCUGACGACUGCAGUAGAGAGGCGAAUGU